UCGCUAAUUGUGAAUAAUUGCAAUGGGCACUGUAAUGCAUUGCAAGUGCAAAUUUCUUUCUAUUUGGCCGCGUCAAAUGCUUCAAAAUCAGUCCGUGGGUGGGCCGCUCACACUGGACUUGCAGUUUCCCCCUCAUCGAUUGAGAACAUUCGAACUUUGUUGAUAAAGAAUCAAAAGAUCUUGAACAAAAGCCUUGAAUACUUCCCCGAACUGCGUCCACAUCUCAUAGACCCACCAUCGACAUUUCAAUUACCACCACAUCGAACUACAUACUCAACCGCAGAGGCUGUCUAUGCAAAGGCCUCUACUAUCGAUGGGAAUGUGGAAGCAAUAAUGUCACUUCUCGAACAAAGCGGCAUCAUGGAGGAGAGGGUUUUCGAGAAGCAUGUAAUCCUGAUCCAUGGGGAUCUCGGGACAAUGGAGAAGAUUGAGACAAUUUUGAACUCACGGCGAAUUGAACAAAGCAUAUUGGAUCGUAUGCACUACCUUCUGCCUAUACCAGGACUUUUUCACGUUAGAAUGGCAUGUGUCGAUGCAAUGAAUAGGAUUCACGCGAAUGGGGAUAACUUACGAAGUGACCCAAAUGGACUCUACAAGCGCCUCUGUUUGCUCUUUCCGAACGACCUCGCCAAAUUGAACAAGGCAGUCCCUCCUUUCCGGAUGGUGAAUGACGGAUUAAACUAUAUCACCCAGUGUACCAUUCUUGAUGCGUGGGCAGAGAGUGUGGACGGUGAUCUUGAGGGAUUUGUUGCCUCCAAACCCACCUUGGAAGAGAUUGACCGACGUGCCGAGGAAAUCGAAAGGUUGCAUUUCAGAACCAAACAGAAUGCUAUGGACCAGCAGCAGCGGCAGGAUCAAGAUCAAUGGAGGACAAACCAACUUUUGUUUAAUAGAGACACGAUGUACUACCGCAUCCUCGUGCAUGCGAUGAACCACGGAAUGGUCGAUGUGAUAAUCGACGUUCUUUUGUUCUGGGUUCCAAUCUUCCAGGCAUGUGGAAAGCAUAAGUAUGCAACAUACCUUUCGAAUUUCAUCUUCAAACUACGACACUACCCGCUACCACUUCAAGAAGCCAUCAUGAGGAGCUGGCUCUGCAAUCCUGCAGGGAAAGGUGGCGGGUUUAGGGCAAUUGACUGGCUGGUCGAACUGAUGAAUCUUUAUACGAAGGUUGUCUACUCGGGGACGGGUUCUGGAAAAACAAUAGAGUACAUCAUUAGUCAGUCAUCGAUCAUUGAGGCUUAUAGGUCCUGCAUUGAAGACGUUGAAGAUGAUUACUACAUACCUGACAAAACCCUUCACCAUGCAAGCCCCGACAUGGGAUCCCGACUACUCGCUAUACGCCAAGAACUUCGUAAUCUUUGCCCUCACAAGUACAAGAGAGGACGCACUUCACCUACUUUGAUCAACGACCAUGUUCAGAAGGGCCUGGAGAUGUUCCAACAUGGGACGAUGUGGGCCUCUGUUAAUACAAAGCAAUCAGAAUCAAUGGAUGACACUUACGAGGUUGAGGCAGCGGACUUGGAUGUGUAG